GCCUUUCGGGGCUUUUCGAGGCACGGGGGAUUUUGGAGAUCCCCCGUGACCCACCCACAGCCCCCCCGGCGCACUGUUGGCUCUGCUCUCCAGCCUCCAGCUGGACUUUGUGCUGAUGCCCCUCGGUUGUUGUGGCCGUGAUUGAGGGAACAAAGGCCCGAACCCGCCAGGAGCGUCGCAGCCAGCUCCGCGGCCGCAGGGACGGACCGGGAGAAGGCGGCGCAGGAGGAAGGGGAGGGGAUAAAGCAGGAAAGGGACAAGAAGAGGAUCCCUCAGCGGUCCCAUCUCGCACGUUGGCGGCGAGAGGAAACUCGUCCCAAAAAUCUCGGAUUUCUCCUUCCCAACCCUUGGCCAGAUGGAGGAGAAGGCUCCAAGGAAGAGGAAGAUGCCUCGGGGCCCCCAGGCAGGCCCCGAGCUGAGGACGGAGAGCACGGAGGACAAAUCCCCCCGGCAGGGCCUGCUGGGAGAGGCCGUUCUGAAGGGCUCCCCGGCACAGGAGGAGGAGGAAAAGCCCCGGAGAUCCCCCAGGAGAAGGAGCUGCAAAGCCAUCCCGGGGAGCUCUGAGGAGGAAAAACCCGUCCUGUACCGGGAAGGCGGCCGGAGCUUCAUCCGGAUCCCCGACCUGCAGAUCCACAUCCAGUUCCACCCCAGGGAGAAGCCCUACAGGUGCUUGGAGUGCAAGCAGAGCUUCAGCAACAUCUCCAACCUCUUCUACCACCAGCGUUUACACACCGGGGAGGGGCCCUAAAUUGUGCUUGGGGAGAGCUCCCAACCAAGAGCUCCAGGCUUGGCACUCGGCAAUCCCUGCAGGAUGUGGGGAACAGCCCUGGGAGGGCUUGGAAUGGGGG